GCGGAUCUGAUAAAGAAGAUAUGGAUUUUGAGAUGGCCGAAAUAAAGAGUUCAGAACCAGAGGACAAAGUGCUUGCUGAAUCAGUGGACUCUGUUGAUGAUGAACCACACUUUCCAGAACCUGGUAGAGAUCUUUCGGAUUGUGAGACCUCAUUAUCCACCAGGAGGAGUUGCAGAGAACUGAUUCAUAACGUUUCUGGAGUGCUCAGCAAGAUUAAUCAGUUAAAAGGAAGCAAACUCAGCUACGCAAAACAGGUCAUUUUGAAUGCUGAACUCAUAUUUGGAACUACACCUCAACAACAGGCUCUCCCUGUAGAGGAUGGGUUCUCUGUGAGCCAUUUUCUCCUCAAUGAACAUGAAAUGUUUUCGAGUUUUCUGUGGAUGGCUUUCGGUGAGUUUCUUGGCUGUAAUGACCCAAAAUAGAUGAAUCAGCUUAAAGGAUUCGCCUUUGAUUGUCUAUUAGAGUACCUAGACUCAAAAUUUUCUCCAAUCUCUGAUUCUGGUUUCAGAACCUGUACCAAACUACCAUCAAGUAUGACCAAAGAGAUUCUGAUUGCUGAUAUUAUUGAUGAGGUCGAAGAGUGGACACAAUUUGUUGGUUUGAUCCCAAACGAGCUAAUAGAAUGGGAUAUGAGCCAUUCUUUGGGUAAAUGUACGGACUUCGAGAUUGAAGAAUAUGAAUGUGGCACUGAAGUUGCUAGGCAUAUUCUCCAAGAAUUAGUAGAUAAAGUUGUUUUAGACCUCUACAGUUCUAGCUAAAUUUGGUAGAACUGUUGGUAGCUCCUCUUUUUGAGACUUUGUUGCAAGCCUAUCAGUGCUGUUCUCAUAUGAUAACUCUUGACUCAAUAAUGUCAAGCAAAGUAUUUUGUACAAAUCAUUGAUUCUGCAUCUGAUUCGACUUAUUGUACUUGUGCUUUUGCAUUUAUGAA